AUGGCAGAGCAACACGGACAUGUGGAGGUUGUGCCAGUCGAGUCCAACCUCGCCAGGGCAGUGAAGGAGGAGCAGGCCAAGAGCAGCGUUGGCAAGCCUGCACCCUCGCCCUCGAAGACAGAGGACAGCCUCGCUGACAAGAUCAAGAAGGGUGACCUGUCAGAUGACGACAAGAAGAAGCUUGGAGCCACAGCUGGCGCAGCGAUCGCCUUCAUUGUGGCCCUUGCUUUCGGAGGCUACAAGUACCACCAGCACCGCCAGAACAAGAAGGAGCAGGAGCUGGAGGACGCCAAGAGCGGCCUGCAGCACGCCGGCAAGAAGCUGGGCGGCUGGUUCGGCAAGAAGGCCGAGGAGGCCAAGGACGCCGCCUCUGAUGCCAAGGACAUCGUGGCGGACAAGGCCGGCAAGGCAAAGGACGUGAUCGUUGACAAGUCGGGCGACGCCGCAUACCGCGUUGGUGACGCCGCAAAGGGCGUCAAGGACCAGGUCAAGGGCGAGGGCCACCACGUGGAGAAGUCUGCGGCGAAGGCGUCUGACAAGAGCGACAACCUCGUGCGCUCCACCUAUGAGAAGGGUGCCUCCAAGGCCGAGUACGUCAAGGACAAGGUCAAGGGCGCCGGACACAGCACCAAGAGGCACGUGAAGGAGGACAGCCAUGGUUUCCUGCACGGAGUGAAGAGCUGGCUGGGCCGCCGCAAGGACGAGCUGGACGAGGCCGCCAGGAUUGGACGUAAGGAGCAGGACUACGUGGUCGACAAGACCAAGGCCAAGGCGCACCAGUACAGCAAGUAG